AUGGAGCACAAAGUUCCCGAGUUGAAAGACAAAUCUUUGCUUAUUGGAAAAUGCUACGUUAAUGGAUCUUGGGUUGGUAGCAAUACCGGAAAGACAUUUCAGGUCUUCGAUCCUGCCACCAAUGAAAUGAUUGGAACGUGCCCAGAAUUUAGUUCCUCUGAUACGGACAAGGCCAUCAAUGCCGCGGCAGAAGCUUUCAAAUCCUUUCGAAAGACUCUAGUUCGGGACAGAGCUCGGAUGUUGAGAAAGUGGUUCGAUCUCAUCUUGCAGAAUCAAGAAGACCUGGCCACGUUAAUCACUUGGGAGAAUGGAAAGGCAUUUUCAGAGGCCAGAGGCGAGGUUAAUUAUGCAGCCGCCUUCAUCGAGUGGUUCAGUGAAGAAGCACCUCGGUUGUAUGCCGAUAGUAUCCCCGUCUCUGUCCCCGGGAACCGUGUGAUUACCGUGAAGGAGCCGGUUGGAGUCUGUGGUUUGGUUACGCCCUGGAAUUUCCCAGCUGCGAUGAUAACCCGCAAAAUUGGCCCUGCUCUCGCUGCAGGAUGUACAGUCGUUGCGAAAAGUCCUGGAGAGAUACCAUUUACCGCAAACGCCUUGGCUGAGCUGGCUCACCGCGCAGGUAUUCCUCAAGGUGUGAUAAACGUCGUCACUGCACUGAAAAACACCGUGGAAGUUGGCCACGAACUUACCAAUCAUCAUCUUAUCAGAAAGGUAUCAUUCACGGGCUCAACGCGCGUAGGGAAGCUCCUUAUGAGCCAGACGUCAUCCACUCUGAAACGAGGAUCCUGGGAAUUGGGAGGCAAUGCGCCGUUUAUCGUGUUUGACGAUGUGGAGGACUUGGACGCUGCUGUCUCAGGAUUGAUUUUGUCCAAAUUCCGAGGAACAGGGCAGACUUGUGUCUGUGCCAACCGCAUAUAUGUUCAUCGAUCCCAUUAUGACGAAUUUGCCGACAAACUCAAGACAGCAGUCAAGGCAUUCCGCGUGGGACCUGGUUUUCUGCCAGGUGUCACCCACGGGCCUCUGAUCCACCAAGUCGCUUCUGAUAAAGUGAUUGCGCACAUCGAAGAUGCCAAAUCGAAGGGGGCUCGAGUCUUGGUCGGUGGCGAGCGCCUGGAACAUCUGGGACCAAGUUUUAUCCCGCCAACCAUUCUCACUAAUAUGACACACGAGAUGCUCGUGGCAUCCGAAGAGACCUUUGGUCCCGUGGCUGCACUCUUCGCGUUCGACUCGGAGGAUGAAGUGAUUCAACAAGCAAAUCGCUGUGAGGUCGGAUUGGCAGCCUAUGUCUAUACUCGCAAUGUGCAGCGAGUAUUUCGAGUGGCGGAGGCACUGGAAGUUGGUAUGGUGGGCAUCAACACCGGCAUCAUUAGCGACGUGGCCUCUCCGUUUGGUGGCGUGAAAGAAAGUGGAUUUGGUCGGGAGGGCAGCAAGUAUGGCAUUGACGAGUUUGUUCAUGUAAAGAGCAUGACAUUGGGAGGGAUUGUGUAG